GGCUGGGCCUCCAAGACCGCGGAGUGGAGAUAGAGUCACCUUGCGGUUACGCAGCGCAGCCCUCGCUCCCUGCUUGGGGCGCGAGACUGAGAACCCCAUUCUCCACUUUGCACCCACAGCCGCGUCUGGUGCUCCCGGAAAGAUCUGCCUUGUGACCCUUGAAGGACUGGCCGCGACAAAACCUCGUCCCCUACCAUGGGCAACGCACAGGAGCGGCCCUCAGAGACAAUUGACCGUGAGCGGAAGCGCUUGGUGGAGUCACUGCAGGCUGACUCAGGGCUGCUGCUGGACACGCUAUUGGCGCGGGGCGUGCUUACCCAGCCUGAGUAUGAGGAACUGGACGCACUGCCUGAUGCUGAGCGCCGUGUGCGUCGCCUGCUGCUGCUGGUGCAGAGCAAGGGCGAAGCCUCUAGCCAGGAGCUGUUGCGCUGUGCCCAGCAGAUGGUGCGAGCACCCGACCCAACCUGGGAAUGGCAGCAUGUGGGCACUGGCUACCGAGAACGCACCUAUGACCCUCCAUGUCCAAGCCACUGUGUGCCUGAGGAAUGCACCCCGGUGAUCAUAUGCUCAGACAGCAGCCAGACUGAAGAUCCCGAAAGCUCCCCAAACCAAGAGAAACCUGAGUCAGAGCUGGAAGCUGAGGUGUCUGAAAGGACUAAGCGAGAGUUGGAACUCCAAUUAGAAGAGGAACUAAUGGCAGAACUGGAACUAGAGGCAGAACAAGAACUUGAGACCAAAUCUAAACCUGAACCUGAGCUGGAGCCAGAUGAAGAUUCCUGAAGGUCAGAGAGCUGACAGGUCCUUCCUGGCCCAAGCUGGAUAGGACCUGGGUUCCUGCCUGGCUGGGUGGGAUGCCACCAAAGCUCCUUCUGGUCCAGUGACUACUAGAAGUGAAUAAACUCCAGAGGGAAGUGUGGGCUCUCUCUGCA